AAUUUCAGUUUCAAUUACAAUCCUAAUAUUUUAAAACUUCAAAAAUUACAUUAAUUUUAAAAUAAAAACUGAAGGAUUAUUUUACACCUUUUUCAUCUUUUAAAUCAAUUUUUUCUAAACCUAUUCAUCUUCUACAUCUAUCACCGCCGGCCACCUCACUUCGCCGGCCACCUCACCUCAUCUUUAGCAUCAAAGAACACCGCUUCCCCACCAUGGGACGAUCGGCAACACCCAUCUCUUAUCCUCUCUCUCGUCGCUGGUCACGAACGGCAGAAGUUCUCUAGCCGCAUCAACCACACACAGUUGCAACGAGCAGCAACAUAACUUGAGACUAUGGCUAAAAAGCUUGGAAAAAGCUCAGGAUCUGAUAGAAUCAGUAACUUGCCGAGUGAAAUCAUAGAUAAUAUUCUAAUCUGUCUGCCCAUUCACGAAGCAGUUAGGACCAGUAUCUUGUCCAAAAAAUGGAGGUUCCAGUGGUCAUCUCUUCCCCACUUGGUAUUUGAUGAUACUUUUUAUCAGAGAUCGAUAGGACCCUCUGUUUCAAAACCUAACAUUACUAAACUAUUUCUUAAUAUCUUUACAGUUCUGUUGUUUCACCAGGGCCCCAUUUUGAAUUUUACUUUUAAUCUUCCUUCCUUAAGAAGUUGUCCUCAGAUUGACCAGGUUAUUCUUUAUCUGAGCCGAAACGAAGUUCAUGAAAUUUUCUUCGAGAUUGAUCCUAGGCAUUACUAUAAAAUACCAUUAUUUCUGUUCUCAUGUGUGACAUUGAGGCGCUUGACUUUGUCCUCGUGUUCCGUCACCCUUCCAUUGACAUUUCAAGGGUUUGCUAACUUGAUUUCUCUUAGGUUUGAGUUUGUUGAUUUUAAAACCAAUGUAUUUGAAACUUUCAUCUCCAAAUGCCCCUCACUUGAAACGCUUUUUAUAAUACAAAGUGUCAUCGAUAACCUCCAUAUAGACAUUCCGUACCUUAAGGUCUUUGAGUUCUCUGGUGAUUUCAAGUCUAUUUAUUUCGGAAAAUCUUGUCACCAUCUUUCAACAGUUAUAUUUAAUGAAGGUUUCUACGCUGAUGGGGCCUUUAAACCGAAAGAGCUUUUCAAAAGUCUGCCUUUUGUCGAGCACUUGCGUCUCGGAUAUGAAUUUGUGUAUUACCUGAUUGAAGAAAUAAUGCCAAGAGAACUUUCUCUCGGCUGUCUAAGAGUUCUCGAGCUGGAUAUUGCUUUUUGGUAUAGGAACGAUAUCUACACUGCUCUUUGCUUGAUUGUGAGCGCUCCUAGCUUAGAGAAGCUUCAUAUUUGGUCUUUUGCAACUGAUGGUGAAACUGAUCGUCAUGCUGCUGAAUUUCUAGAAGAAGAAAAGCUAUUAGAUCAUGAUCUGAAAAAACUUAGAGUAGUGAAGAUGGAGACUGGAUACACAAAAGCAAUAAAACCUGAACUUGAUUUUAUUAAGUUUAUACUGGCUGGAUCAGUGGAACUAGAAAAGAUGUUUGUUAAGCCUUACAAAGAAACAGUUGCUGCAGAAAGACAUAGGAUGCUGAAAAAGAUAACUCGAUUUCGACGUGCAUCAAAGAAAGCAGAAAUUGUGUACUUGGAUUCUGGCGAUUCUGGUGAAGUUAGCAGUGACAGCAGUGAAGGUUAUGAUGUUGAUUAUGCCUGCUAAUCAAAUCAUUUUUCUUGUCUUAGAAAAACAUGGAUACUCUUAUCAUUUGGUCCAUUUAUGCAAAAUUAGAAACAUGAACAUAUGUCGCGUUGUCUUUCAAGUCAUAUGCUGACAGUCUGAUUACAAAUAUUUAAUAGCACCACGCCUGAAGUAGAGUUCAUCAAAAGUUUCUGCCGGCUGAAUCACAUGUACGUGUCUAGAAGGAUGUUUUAGAAAACUUUGUUAGCAUCUUUCAACAUUUAUAUUUGAUGGAGAUUUUUCCGCUCGCGGCCGGGCCUUUGAACCUACCAAGAAUUUUAAAUGUGUACCAGUCGCCGAGCUCUUGCGUCUCGGAUAUGAAUUUAAGGAAGUAAGCUAGCUAAUUGUUUCUA